CAGGGGUGGGAGACGAUGAACCGGGAUCAGAGUCUGUGCCAAAGGACAGACUUUGUUCCUAGUGCACAGAACACCCUCUCUUCAUUACAGGAAAAAGAGAAAAUGCUGGCAGCCUAUUUUGAUUGCCCAGGAGGCCCAGAAAAUCUCUAUGUGAAAGAAGUGAUGAAACCACAUCCAGGAGAAGGAGAAGUACUUUUGAAGGUCUCUGCCAGCGCUCUGAAUAGGGCUGAUUUGCUCCAGAGGAGAGGGAGGUACCCUCCCCCCAAAGGAGCAAGUGAUAUUUUAGGCUUAGAAGCAGCUGGGAGAGUGGCUGAGUUUGGACCUGGCUGCAAGGGUCGGUGGAAGAUUGGCGAUGCAGUGAUGGCUCUGCUCUCUGGAGGUGGCCAGGCAGAAUAUGUUACAGUACCCAAAGGCCACCUGAUGCCAGUUCCCAGUGAUAUGACCUUUAUCCAGGCUGCAGCCAUUCCUGAAGCUUGGUUAACAGCCUUUCAGCUGUUGCAUUUUGUAGGUAAAGUUCAGAAGGGUGAGAGAGUGCUGAUCCAUGCUGGAGCCAGUGGAGUUGGUAUGGCAGCGAUUCAGCUUUCAAAACUGGCAAAAGCUAUUCCCAUUGUGACAGCAGGAACUCAAGAGAAACUGAAAGCAACAGCAAAUGCCGGAGCAGCUGCAGGGUUUAACUACAAGAAUGAAGAUUUUAGUGAAAAGGUCCUGGAGUUCACUCAGGGUUCUGGAGUAGAUAUCAUUUUAGAUUGUGUUGGUGGCUCAUACUGGGAGAAGAAUCUGAAAUGUCUGAGUACUGACGGCCGGUGGAUUAUCUAUGGACUACUGAGUGGAGGUGAAGUACACGGAGAUUUGCUUGCAAGGCUGCUUUCCAAAAGAGCAAGCAUCCAUACAAGUCUGUUACGAUCACGAGACAAGGAGUAUAAGGAAAGGCUAGUGAAAGCCUUCACAGAAGACGUGCUGCCAUAUUUCUCUGGAGGAAGCUCCCCUCAUCUCCAACCAGCUGUUGACAGCAUUUACCCUCUACAUGAGAUUGCAGAGGCUCACAGGAGCAUGGAGGAAAACAAGAAUAUUGGCAAAAUUGUCAUUGAAAUGCCUGCUUCCUCUUAAAGAAAGGCUAACUGCCGUAAUUGUUUCAGGGACACAUUCAUUAUGGGUGUUAGACAAGUGCAGAAUCUGCCAUUUCUGCUUCCAAAUCUGGAAUAAUUUAUUGUGGGAGGAUGCCAAAUGGGAAGUGUAAAGCAAAGCCUCACAGGAUGUGCUUAAUAAAAAG